AUGAUCGUGUGGAAAGACGUUUUCACUAAAGACGAACUGCUCUCUGAUGGAAUGAAAAACGUUCGGGAGCUGGAGAACGGCCUUCUCCUGGCUUGCGAUUCGUACAAUGUGACGCUAGGCGGAGGCGACUAUGGAAUCGCGAACAACGACGAAGAAGCUAUGGGGGCAGGCGGCGACACUGCGGGCGCAGAGUCGGUGAACGUGGUGGUGGACGCUUUCAAGUUGCAGAACAUUCAGCUGCCACGGAAGGAUUUUCAGGUGUACAUCAAGAAGUAUUCAAAACGGUUGAAGGAAUACCUUGAGAACGAGAAUCCAUCUAGAGUGGCGGCGUUCAUGGAAGGAAUGAAGGAAUGGGUACCGAAGAUGCUCAAGGAGUUCGACGAGUACGAGUUUUAUAUGGGCCCUUCCUGCGAUCCCGACGCAUUACUGGUUCUCGCGAAAUACGAAGGCGAAAGUCACUACCCGACUUUUCUGUAUCUCAAGGAUGGGCUUGCUGAAGAGAAGUUUUAG